AUGGAUUCAAUAUUCAUCCGCGCCAAUCAUUCCUCAAGGUAUGAUUGUAAAAGUGAUGAUGAGAAGUAUAGUGACGAUAAAGAGGGAAGCAGUAACUACCCUUUUGUGAGUGCUCUAAGUAUGAGCGGAGGAAAUGGAGACAACAGUUACUCCACAAAUUCUCUUCUUCAGAAAAGAGUUUUGUCAAGGACCAAAGCAGCCUUGGUUGAAAACACCAAAGAAAUGAUGAUAAGCAUGGACUUUCCUAGCUGCAUUAAAGUAGCCGAUUUAGGCUGUUCGUCGGGACAAAACACAUUUUUGGCGAUGUCUGAGAUCGUCAACGCAAUCAAUGCGUUAUGUAAAGAGUGGAACAAAAACCCACCAGAGAUAGAUUGUUGUCUGAACGAUCUCCCUAGUAACGAUUUUAACACAACUUUCAAGUUCAUAACUUCAUUCAACAAGAAGUUCGCAAGAGAAGGAUCGUGCUUCUUCUCUGGAGUACCUGGUUCCUUUUACUCGAGGCUCUUCCCUCUCAAGAGUCUCCAUCUCAUACAUUCUAUUUACAGUAUUCAUUUUCUCUCCAAGGUUCCGGAUGGACUUGAAAAGAAUAAAAUGAGUGUGUACAUAGCAAGUUCAAGUCCUAUAAGUGAAUAUAAGGCUUAUUUGAAUCAAUUUCAAAAAGAUUUCACAACAUUUCUAAGAAUGCGUUCUGAAGAGAUGGUAUCUAAUGGACGCAUGGUUCUCACAUUAAUCGGCAGAAAGACUCUUGAUAAUCCAUUGUAUAGGGAUUGUUGUCAUUUCUGGACACUGUUAUCCCAGUCUCUCCACGACCUAGUUCUCGACGGUAUUUUGAGUGCAUCGAAGGUGAGUUCGUUCAAGAUGCCGUUUUAUGAUCCGAGCAAAGAAGAAGUGACAGAUCUGAUAAGAAAAGAGGGUUCCUUCAAAAUAAACGACUUGGAGACACAUGGAUUUGAUCUCGGUCAUAGUGUUGUCGAAGAUUGUAGCUUGCAGUCACAUGGGGUUAAAGCAGGACAGAAAGAAGCUAGUUGUAUAAGAGCAGUGACUGAAACAAUGCUCGUUGCUCAUUUUGGAGAUGACAUUAAUAUUGAUACAUUGUUUAACAAGUAUGCGUGUCGUGUGUCUCAGCAUGCAAGCUGUAGGAUCAAGACGAGUGUCUCUCUAGUCGUUUCAUUGGUCCGGAAAUAACUUUUGUUAUGUAUUGUUUAUUAAUAUGUGUGUCAUACAUAUUCAAGGUCAUUGGCUUGUAAUUUGUGUCAUCUAUUGUGCUUUUAUUAUUUUGUAAAUGUGGAUUUGUAAUUUGGGACAAACACUCGAU